AUGCCCGACGACAUCGAUUCCAUCGUCAAGGGCGCGCCCGACGCUGCCGCCGCCCAGAGUGUCAAGAGCACCCCCGGAACGACGCCAAUCCAGGGCAAGCCCGGCGACCCGCUCCACCACACGCCCAGCUCCCCCUCCAUGGUCUACCUCAACCUACUGAUCCUCGAGGCCUCGCUCCGCGCCCAGUUCCUCGAGCUACGCGCAAGGAGGCGCCACCACACCUUCUUCCUCACCCUGCUGACCCUCUGGGUCGCCUUCUUCGGAUACCGCCUCUACUUUGCCCCGCGCGAGGACGGCCGAGGCGUGGGUGGUUCCAUCUACUGGGCCGUCGAGGGUGCCCAGAAGGUCUGCUUCAUGGGCGGCAUCAUCACCGCCGUUCUCGUCUGGGCCACGGGCAUCUGGGAUCGCGGCAUCCGCUGGCCCCGUCGUUGGUUCGCCAUAUCCAACAGAGGCCUGCGCGCAUUUAACUGCAAGCUUGUCGUCAUCCGCCGUCCGUUGUGGGCCGAAGCCCUCUCCACUGUCGGCUUUUUCCUCACUUACGGCCUCUUUUCCCACACGGCGAGCUCCUCCUACCGACACGUCGACCCAUCGCUGCUACGCGAAACCGAGAGAGAGCUGCAGCUCUCGAGCGAAAGCCACCCGACCCUGAUCCUGCCGCAGGAGGACGAAGAGCAGGGCGGCCAUGAGGAGGAUCUGGCCCCGGGCGGUGACUACGUCAAGCUGCUGCUCCUUGCCAAACCCUUUUCCGCCAUGUUCCGAGAAAACUGGGAGCUGUACCGGACCGAAUACUGGGAGCGGGAGAACGAGCGUCGCGCACUUCUGCGCACCAAGGUCAAGGAGCGCGACUGUCGCCUCGUUAAGCAAAAGUAUGGUUGGCUUUGGUGGCUCCCGUGGCGACAGACGCAGCAACCGCGCCAGCUAGAUCACUCCAAGGCCAACCUCAACCGCCCGGCCGUCAGCGAAAAGGUUCGCAAGCGCCGAAGCAGCAGUCUUCGUCGCCCGUCUGUUAGCUCCUCCCGAAGUCAGACGCCCACUCUUGAGGUCGACGACGGCCAGAUCAGCCGCCGGGUGAGCUCCGGCUCCAACGCCUCGGACAAGCGACGUAAGAAGCUGGGGCCUGGCUCAAGAUCAAAGCGGCCGGGAACAGAGUCUCGCUCCGUCACGCCCGAGAUACCGUCUCCGCUGACAAAGGAGGCCAGCGUCGCCGACGAAACUCCGGCCGAGAAUGACAGGGCAUUGCGCAGCUCCGGGACGACACCCGCUAGGGACAAGCAGCAGCGCCGGGUGAGUGGGGAUAUACAGUAG